CUUUUCAAAACUCAUCCAGUCAAACAGACCCAACUGAUGCCCCGGUAAGCGCAGAGGAAGAGGAAUUCAACAGUGACCCUUACAUUCACAAACUCUCUGGUGAAUGCAGCUUCACGCUCAGGAUGGCUGGAAACAGGAGCAGUGAGGUGGUGGCAUUAACAGCCGACUCUGCACAUAUGUUGGUUGAAGAGAUCUGUCAGGCUCUUGACUGUGGCAGCGUCUAUCAUGUGAAUAAAACGAACUCACCCGCCAAUACCACGUGCUUUCAGAGCUGUUUGUACCAAAAUGGUAGUUUGCAGAACUGUUCGCAGAGUAUGGGAAGUAACUGCACAGUGAUUGGAGCUGUUUGUGGCCACCAGACUGUGCGGCUGGCAGGAGGAUCAGACCGCUGUGCCGGACGCGUGGAGCUGUGGAAGGAUGGGAGAUGGGGCACAGUGUGUGACGACCAGUGGGACCUGGAGGAAGCUCACGUGGUGUGCGCCCAGCUCGGCUGCGGUUACGCCCUCAAUGUGACGGGACAGGGUGGCUCCUUCCCCCCGGGCAGAGGACCCAUCCACCUGGACGACCUGAACUGUACUGGCAAAGAGGAGAACCUGUGGGCCUGUCCGGCUGCAAGAGACGAGCCCGACUGUGGACACAAAGAGGAUGCUGGUGUCAUAUGCUCAGAAAUGAAAGCAGUCAGACUGACUGGAGGUUUGGACCGCUGCUCUGGUAAAGUGGAAAUCCACCGUGAUGGCAGCUGGGGAACGCUGUGUGACAACUGCUGGAAUAAAGACAUGGCCUCCAUGGUGUGCUCCAUGCUGCAGUGUGGUGCCGAGCCGCUAAAAUACACCCAGUUUCUUCCUCCUCUCCUUCACAACGAAGGGGCACUGUGGUACUAUCUAUGCAAUUCAAAUAUGCAGAAUAUGUGGGAGUGCAUGGAGUACAAAAAUAUAGAGCACCUGUGUGCGUCCUCAAAAGCAUCUGGUGUCAUCUGUAAUGGUUCCCUCGGGUUUCCUGCACCUACCACAGCCACCACAGCCAACGCAACUGUAAUAACCAGUUGGACGACUGCUGCACCCGUGGUUGUUGAAGGCUUCUCAUUACCAUCUAUAGAGCUGCUCAGCACCAUCACUCUGUCUCUUCUGCUCCUCGUGGUUCUGAUCACAAACACGGUGCUCUGCUGCCAUUACAAACGAAGACAUGCGUUCUUGCUCCAGCAGACGCGCACCAGCUCACGACCUUCCUCUGAAAAUCAUCACAACAACUACCAUGAAUCUGUCAACCUCAUCAAGGUCACUACCAACCCACCUGAGACAGAUGUCCCCUCCAACCCCAGGUAUCUUUGGACCCAGCUUAGUAGUGUUGACAGCACGUCAGUAGAUACAGACUAUGAGCAGUCUGAGCCAAGCAAUGACCCGUCUGUCCCUUUAUCAACUUUCCGGAAUUCUCAGAGGUACAAAACAGAGAUGAACCCUUUGAUGAAGCCCUCGGGUCUUGAAAGCCUCUUUGAGGAAGGCACUGAGCCCAGAGAUGAAGUGAUGGGAGCCUUUACAGGCUAUAAUGGUGACUGCACAGACCCUCAAUAUGCCAGAGUUUCAAAGAUCACAGUGGACUCAUUUGAUACCUCCAGUACCUCCUCUGGGGAAUGCUACGAAAACACAAACCCAAAAGGAUACGUCGUAGUAACCCCCGAGCCAGGAACGAGCCAGUCAUCUGUUGCCAAUGAUACUUUUGACCCUUUAAGGAUGUACACCAACGAUUAUUCUAAAACAACAACCAACCUUUACAAUUCAGGUGAUGAAGAUGGCCCCAUCUACUCCCCAGUGAGCCCCGACCAAAUCCCUUCAUCUGAGGAUGACUAUGAUGAUGUCGGCCCCUUAUAGUGAACAGAGGAGGUAAAGAGAGUUUGGGACUGAAGAGAACGUCUGUGACAUCUCCAGAUGCAAAACUGCACUGUAUAGAAACAUGUACUUUAUUACCACUUUAGACUGAGAAAAUGCAAUACGCAUCAAUUGGGUGAUUUAAGUGAUAUCGGUUAAAACCGGUCAUUUUGGUUUCUUACAUAAAACCAUUGUUUCAAAAGUAUUUGAUUUACUACAUUUCAUUGUGUAUCGUAAUAUCAAAAUGCUGUUGAUAGAUGAAUUAUGUGCAGCAGAGGCAUCUAAAAAUGUUCUUCUCAAACAAAAUCAGUUUUGACCUCGACUUUACGACUGACCUGCAACUUACCAAACUACUGUUUCCUGUGAACCGCAAUAAUAUAAGUUCAGUGUACAGCUGUGGAGCCUCCAGAUGUGAUUGACCUGCUGCAUCGGAAUGAACAAACUGCUGCCCUUUUCUCAUUUGUGAGCACAAACUGUUUCUUGCAUGGUGCUUUUACGACGCUCAGGCAUCUGACAGUCAGAUGCCAUGGAUAGCUGGCAAUAGAAGGCGUCGCACUUAUGCAUUUUUGUUCAAAAAUCAAACUCUGGCGGCAAAUGAAAAGCAAAUUUGUCACAUCCAAGCAUCCUUGAACUGGAUGUUUCAAAACAGUCCCUGCUUUCAGCUGCUUUGCCAUGCAAAAAUAGUUUGAUGUAACAAAUGUGAGGUGAUGGAUUAGCAUCUAUCAAUAGAACCCUUUUAACAACAGACAUUUUGACUUGUCCAAGCAGGAAAAGCAAGCUCCGUUCCAUUAAGUGUCCCAGUAAGCCAUGUACAUGCACGAUACCAGAGCCCUGGAACCGGCUCACCUAAAUGGAAUGCAGCCAUUGUCAAUGUUAUUAAUUCCACCUGUACAAGUUGAAAUGUCGGCUGUGAAAAGGGUUAUCAAAGCAAGUUUUUAUGUCUCUACAAGUUAUUUUAUAUAGUGCACUGAGAUUAAAUGACUGCAUGGAGGUUAAUGUAUGUUUAGGUGAAUGAAUGUAGUAGAAGAAACUUUAACAUGUAUGUUUUUUUUAGAUUUGUGAUAUUUAACGUGUUUGCAUAGCAAUUUUUUAAAAAAAAUGGUACUGUAUGUACUGUAAAUAAUGUGCUAUAUAAUCUCUAUAAAUGUGAUGUGCACCAAAUGGCCAAAAGUAUGUGGACGUAACAUUACACCCAUAUGUGCUAUUUUAACAGCUUCUACUCUUUUAGGAAGGCUUUCCACAAGAUUUUUGAACCUGAUCUGUUCCCAUUUAGCCACACGAACAUUAGUAGUAAGGUUGGACAAAGAUGUAAGACAUCACAUCAUACAGACAGGCACAGACACACACACAUACAGUAACUGAUCAUUAGCCAGUGGAAAGUUUUCAAUUUGCCUGUCUUGCUUUUCUAGUUCAUGUUAAAGGUGUUGGGUUGAUUGAAGUUGUUCCUCAUCAAACUAGGAGAACCAUAUCUCUAUGGAUUUAUUUUUGUGCUUAGGGAUAUUAUCAUGCCAACUAGGAAAAAGCCUUCAAACUGCUACAAAGGUAGCGAAGUUCUCAGUCCAAACCAUAAUAACCACAGACCAGAGACAAAAAAGUAAGUGUCCUUAUACUUUUGGCCAGAUAGUGUACUGAAAUAAUGUGCUACUGUUUUCAACCUGUGUAAUUAAACUGUUGAGUUCUACCACAAGGUGGCGUUACAAGCUUGUAAGUAACUAAAAGUUUAAGUGCCUGGAGGGAGUAAAGCCCUCACAUGUAAACUACUGAGAAAAAAAAAACUUGUAAUACCAUAAAACAUUUGCCAAAGCAAUCUUUUCCAGGCUGUAACACUCUGUGACAAAUACCCAUUCGUGCUCGGUGAGUGAAAAGUCAAAAUAAUGCACUGUGAAAAAGUUUGAGAGGGGGAACUCAGGAUCCUGAUCGGGGGCCAACGUAAACCAUCAGUGCAGUUUGAAA